GAGAACGAGCACGGCCAUGUCGAGUUAAACGCACACUGAGGAAACAAAGCACACAAAAGAACCCAAAAACAGCCGUCAGACCGAGUGAAUCUAAAGAGAGCGUGAGAAGAGCGGUCGAGCAACCCCGAGGGAGUAAUUUAACGUGCAAAGAUGAGCGGAGGGACGCCUUAUAUCGGUAGCAAGAUCAGCCUGAUCUCAAAGGCCGAGAUUCGAUAUGAGGGAGUUUUAUACACAAUCGACACUGAGAACAGCACUGUAGCUCUGGCGAAAGUCAAGUCCUUUGGCACUGAGGAUCGCCCCACGGACAGACCCAUCCCCCCUCGUGAUGACAUCUUUGAGUACAUCAUAUUUCGAGGAAGCGACAUCAAAGAUCUGACUGUGUGUGAGCCACCCAAACCCACCUGUAAUCUUCCUCAGGACCCGGCCAUCGUGCAGUCCUCUCUCGCAUCCACCACUGGCCCUGCGGCUCCUACCUUUCAGUCGUAUACCCCCUUCAGUCGGGCCCCUGUGGCCCCUUACAGCCAGUUCAGCUCCAGUCCACUGGUACCCCAGGUGUUCGGAGCAGCAGUUGCUGGUGGAAGCAGCUCAGGACCUGCGUUCAGUAGCGAGAGAAGCAGUACUGCCCCUCUGUCCCAGAGCACUGCUUUACCUCACUCGCUGAGUCACAAAGUCGAAGUUCAAUCGAGCCCAUCUCUGGAGCCCCUAAAGAAGAACCCGAUCCUGGAGCAUGCGGUUCAGACAGCCAGUGUCGCUCCCCCUGCAACUGCAGUGGGUUCAGUGAGUCAGAGGUGUCCUGGAGCACCUCGAACCAACCUCAGUGCUCCGAAACCUGCUGAAAACCUGGAACUAAACAAAGCAUCUGAUGUUCAGAAGAUCACCCGGGAAUUACUUUGCCCAGAAUCGGACACAAACAGACCUGAUAACAAAGACUCAAACAAACGCCAGUCUGGAGGUGGCACUCCUUCGAUGAGGAAGGGGCGGGGCAGUGGGGGCGGAAGUGGUGGUCAGCGUGGAAGGGGCAGGUUUAAUGGGCGCAGAGAUGGACCAAUGAAAUUUGAGAAGGACUUUGAUUUCGAGAGCGCUAACGCCCAGUUCAAUAAGGAGGAGAUUGAUCGCGAGUUCCAGAACAAACUCAAGAUUAAAGAUGAGAAGGGGGAGAAAUUGGAGAAGACCCUGAAUGGAGAGGAGAAGACAGAUUCAGGUGUGGAAACUCAAAACAGUGGAGGCAACGCUGAUGAGGAAGAUCCGCUGGGACCCAACUGUUACUAUGACAAAACCAAGUCCUUCUUCGACAACAUCUCUUGUGAUGGAUCGAGAAAGGAGAAACCUGGAGGUGCUCCUGGGAGAGAGCGAAGGCACACCUGGGCAGAGGAGAGGAGAAUGAAUGCAGAGACUUUCGGUAUUCCAGUGCGUCAUAAUCGUGGAGGUUUCCGGGGCAGAGGUGGUGGCAUGGGCUUCCGUGGUGGUCGCGGGCGUUCUGCCAGCAGGGGCUCGUUCAUGCCCUCCCGUGGGGGCGGAGCCGGAUUCAGGGGUGGUUUCAGAGGUGGCAGAGGAGGGCGAGAGUUUUCUGAUUUUGAAUACAGGAAAGAGAACAAAGUGGCAGCAUAGUGAAACCUGAAGAUCAGAUCAUCCUAACAGCCAAGAAUCUACACUCAUCACCAUAUAGAUUAACGCUUUGGUUUUGACACCUGACCAACAGGAACACUCUCUCUCUCUCUCCCUCUCUCCGUUUAACACCAGCGUAGGUGCGGCCUGCCUUCUGCUGGACACGCAGCUUUGAGGUUUUUUUAUCCUUAUUCCUUUUUAAGAAAAAAAAAACGACUUGAUGUCUUUUGGAAACUUUUGAUCUUCGUUUGAGGGGAAAGAAUUUGUGUAUAAAAUGCCAUCGAAUUAUUAUCUGCUAUUUUUGCAUCAAACCUUUUAGUUCCUUUCGUAACAAACACAGGAAUGGUAUUUGACAGUACUUCUUUUGGUGAACAGAACCCCGCUGAUACUGUGAGCGCUCCUCAGUCAAAUAGCUUUAUUAUGUUUAUUUUGUUGGAUCUAGUCUCCGGUGUCUUUAGAAGCCAAAAAAACUGGUCUAGAGGCUGUAAGGUGUGUGUCAGACCAAAGUGAAACUGAAACCACCUAAUCAAAAUAAAUAUUUAAUUUCCCAAGAGCCUACUAGAUUCGCUCAUGUGGAACAUGCGCUUGAUGGUUGUCCAUCUGUAUAGAUGAUAUUUACUUAUUCAUUUGGUAGGUUAACAUGGUUUAAGUCUUUAGUUACGUUUAAAAAAAAAAAAAAGCAUAUAAUCUGGACAAGCCUCUUUUUAGUUCUGUACUGUGUACACAUAUCAGACAACAUCAAUAUCAAACAAUAGGUCAGACCACCCUCCAGUGUUUCACUCAAAAACAUCCCAAUUUAUGAUUGAAUGUAUUUAUCAAUUCAACGAUGUCUGGAUGAACUCUUGUUGAAGGGUAUUUUUUUUCUCUCUCUCUUUUAAACCGUUUUGUCCUGAAGUCCUCUCUGCCACUGUAUGCAGGAUGUUAGUUUGUCCCUGCUGGAUUAGACUUCUGUCUUGUCUUGAAAAUGUAUUUUGAGAAUUGAGUGCCAGUUAUUCUUGCCUUUUUGAUGUCAAUUCUAGAUUUCUAAGAGGGCUUUUUGAUAAAAACUCAUCAAACCCAUAUUAAUGGCCAAUUAUGAGCCUCAUCACUGUUUACCGGCAAGAUCUACCGAACCCUUUAAGAACAAGAUUAGAUUUCUCAAGAAUUUUAUUAAUUUGCACUUUAUAGAACCAAAACGCCUCCAUACUGUCACAACUGUGUCAUAGAUGAAAAUUCGAUGAUGUCAUUUCAUUAUCCUCAUUCAGCAGAUGAAUAUUGUCACAGAACCCAAAGCAAGGAAGAGAAAAGUAAUUGUCUGGUGACUUGGAUGAAUUAUAGAAGGAUAUUUUAGGUGAAUAGAUUUGUCUUAAAGGGAUAAUUCACCAAACUAUCUCUUUAAUUGGGACAGAAUUGCAGUAUUUCACUUGAAUGCAUAAAUUCAUUGACUUAUUAACUGGAUAAAAAGAUCAAUUCAUUGCAUAGCUCUGGCCUUGAAUUAAAAUUGUAUGAUGCCCAGUCUGAAUACAAGACUAGUUUCACUUGAAAUUAGUGUCCAUAAAGCCCUUUGUGAGUAGUUCCAGUUCAUGUUUGAAUCUCUUGUAUGUUCGUGCAUUAUUUCAGAUACCAGCCGUCUAAUGCUCUUUUAAUUGUGGAGAAGUUUGUUUACCAUACUUAUCCAUCCCUUUUGAUUAAUGUCGCUGAAGCACUUGUUCCUGUACUAAUGGGUUCAUUUAGUUAUUUUGAGUUAUGAGUCAUGUGGUGUGCUUCAUAUUUUUUAUUUAAGGGAUCCAAAGACUGAAUUAUGACUAAAAUAUUGGAGGGGAAAUGCUCUUUCAGCUUGUUCUGCAUUUAUUUUUCUUCUUUUUUGUUUCACAUUUGAAGCUCUGCUUGUAUUAGCUAAACUGCUCCCUUUUAAAAGCACUACAGGUUUGCUGAGAAAUCUCUCAGACACAUAGGCAGCUGGGUAAAUGCAGUGAUUACGUGCUGAUCACUUCAGUGAGGGCAUGCUGGGAAAUCUAUUGAGUCACAGGUAUUGGUGCGGUGUGGCUGAAAUUGGACUGGACUGAGAUGUCGAAUUAAACCUCAGGCCCGAUACAGUAAUAAAGUUUAUGCCUAACCUUGUAUAAGAUUUGAAAUGACACACGUGCAGAAUGUUUCAUGUAAUACAGGGUUGACAAAUGAUUUUGUGCUAAGACCUCUGGAUGAAAUUGACAGGCAAAGUUUUUUUUUUUUUUUUUUCUGAAUUCAAGCAAUUGUAAAUGAUGUGCACUUAGAGGGAUUCAAACAGGGGCAGACAGAGGUUUUUAUUCAAACAAGAGAAAUAAAUAGUUGUUCAGUAUCUUGUUUGUGUCCUUGUUUUUUAUAU